UGGUACUCAAAUGACUGAAGUUUGGGAAAUCUUAGAUGGUUGUCCUUACACCUUAACUGUGAAGAAACUGAACAAGUUGUCCUUGUCCCCAGUGGGCGUCUCAGCACCCGUGGUCACCAGCCCAAUCAGGGACCUUGCUCUUCUUCCCUGCCAUGGAUAAUGAGUUUUUCACAGUGAUUCCCACUUGAGGAGGCUCCCUGCCGUGGUCCUUUUCCUCUCUUCUCUAGGGAUUUCAUGCAUCACCCUGACAGCCAGUGGAAGUUGCCUGGUUUGAAAAGGCCCAGGGCUGAAGUUACCCAGUCAUGUGUGGAAGCAACUUCAAUGCCAGUUUGUGAGAGGUUGAGGGCCCCAGAGGGGGAAGCACAGUGACCUGCCAUCAUGUUGGAGGCUUUGCUUGGAGUCAUCUUCAAUCUUUUCUGUUGACUUUCCUUUUGACCAGUGAUUAAAUCCUCCAGGUGCUACUUUUUUGCCCACCCUUAAGUGACACAAAAUGCCCUUCAAUGGUGAGAAGCAGUGUGUGGGAGAGGACCAGCCAAGCGAUUCUGAUUCUUCCCGGUUUUCUGAAAGCAUGGCAUCGCUCAGUGACUAUGAGUGCUCUAGGCAGAGCUUUACAAGUGACUCCUCCAGCAAAUCCAGCUCUCCUGCUUCAACAAGCCCUCCAAGGGUUGUAACAUUUGAUGAAGUGAUGGCUGCAGCAAGGAACUUAUCAAACAUGACUCUUGCUCACGAGAUUGCAGUAAAUGAGAACUUUCAAUUGAAACAGGAGGCCCUCCCAGAAAACAGUUUGGCUGGUCGAGUGAAGCACAUUGUUCACCAGGCCUUCUGGGACGUCUUGGCUUCAGAACUAAAUGCCGACCCUCCCGAGUUUGAACAUGCCAUCAAACUGUUUGAAGAAAUCAGAGAGAUUCUUCUCUCUUUUCUGACUCCUGGUGGCAACCGGCUUCACAACCAGAUCUGCGAAGUUUUGGACACAGACCUCAUUAGGCAGCAGGCCGAGCACAGUGCUGUUGAUAUCCAAGGCCUGGCCAACUAUGUCAUCAGUACGAUGGGAAAGCUAUGUGCUCCUGUGCGAGAUAACGAUAUCAGAGAGUUAAAGGCUACUGGCAACAUUGUGGAGGUGCUGAGACAAAUAUUCCAUGUCCUGGACCUCAUGAAAAUGGACAUGGCCAAUUUUACAAUUAUGAGUCUUAGACCACACCUUCAACGCCAGUUGGUGGAAUAUGAGAGGACCAAGUUCCAGGAAAUUCUGGAAGAAACUCCAAGUGCUCUUGAUCAGACUACAGAAUGGAUAAAAGAAUCUGUAAAUGAAGAAUUAUUUUCUCUUUCUGAGAGUGCUUUAACUCCUGGGGCCGAAAAUACCUCCAAGCCAAGCCUGAGCCCUACUUUGGUGCUAAAUAAUAGUUACUUGAAACUGUUACAGUGGGAUUAUCAGAAAAAAGAAUUACCAGAGACACUCAUGACAGAUGGAGCACGUCUUCAGGAACUGACAGAAAAGCUGAAUCAAUUGAAAGUUAUUGCCUGCCUGUCCCUAAUUACCAACAACAUGGUGGGUGCUAUUACAGAAGGCCUGCCUGAGUUUGCAAACAGGUUAAAAAGGAUUUCAGCUGUUCUACUUGAAGGCAUGAACAAAGAGACCUUUAACUUGAAGGAAGUCCUGAAUUCUAUUGGUGUUCAGACUUGUGUUGAGAUUAACAAGACCCUGACGGAAAGAGGUUUACCCACUUUAAAUGCUGAGAUUCAAGCUAAUCUCAUAGGUCAAUUUUCAAACAUUGAAGAGGACAAUCCUAUCUGGUCCUUGAUCGAUAAACGAAUUAAGCUUUACAUGAAAAGCCUACUUUGUCUUCCAAGCCCUCAAAAAUGCAUGCCUCCUAUGCCAGGAGGCCUAGCUGUCAUUCAGCAGGAGCUAGAAGCCCUAGGCUCUCAAUAUGCAAACAUUGUGAAUCUCAACAAACAAGUAUAUGGACCAUUUUAUGCAAAUAUACUUCGAAAACUACUCUUCAGUGAGGAAGCCAAGGGGAAGCCAGAUGCUUCACCUCCUACUAACUGAAGAACUGACAUUGGAUGAGAGAUUGGAAAUCCAGCACUUUGGUAUCCAGUCCACUUCCAUUAACGGCAUUAUAGGUCUAGCACACUCUCAGUACUGUGGUGCAGUAUUAGCCCAAAUCUGUGUAAUGGGUAAUAUUAGCAUUACGGAAGACACACAUCACAUAGACUCUAUUUGUGCAUCAUUUUCAACUUUAAAACAGACAUAAUGAACAGAAAACAAUUUAUAAUUAAUUAUAUUCCCUAUAUAAUACUUGUAAAUGUUUUCUUAACCAUUUAUAUUUGGCUUAUGACAUUCAACCCAUAAGGAGUUGUUUUUCUCACUUGUCAUUAUCAAACAUAAUGAUUUUUAAUUUUGGUACAACUCCUUAAAGGGUUGAAGGUUGUGAGAAUAACCAAGGGAAUUGAUGUUCUGAAUAAAUGAUGUGAAGUAACAUAAUUGUAUUUGAAA